AACUCCCACAUAUUUUAGUUAGUUGCUGGUGGUUGCUGGUCGUCGCUUCGUGUUGUUUGUUGUCCCUUGUGUCAAAACUCUUGUCAUUUUUUUCCAUCGGUUUUAAUUAUAAUAAAUUUUUAUUUUUAUUUUUCAUUCAAACUUUGAACAGAACAAGUACAACGAGAGACGUGAAGCAAUUAAUCUAAGUGUGAGGUGGAAAUAAUAAUGGCAGCUUUAAAGCAAAUCACCAGCUUAACAAAAGCCUUUAAAGCCGUAGCGGCUUCACGAACAACUCAGGCACUCGUUUCCAAAAAUUAUUAUACUUACUCCAGAGAACCUGCAUAUCCAAUAACUGAUAAAGAACCAAGUUGGGUUAAAAGUGCCGAGGAAGCUCUUCAACAAGCUGGACUAGCAUCAGAACAAAAGAUUUACAUUCAAGGAGCCGCAGCAACUCCAUCCGAAUUAUGCCGAGGAAUGACAGAAGUUGGUAAAUCGUCUAAUGUGAAAAAUGUCAGACUUUAUCAUAUGCAUCUUGAAGGUGAAGCCCUUUUUGCAAUGCCCGAAAAUGCAAAACAUUUUAGAUCGAUAAGUUUAUUUAUUGGCGGUAAUGUGAGAAAGGCCGUAAAUGAAGGAAGAGCCGAUUGUAUUCCAAUUUUUUUACACGAAAUUCCAAGACUUUUUAACGAGGGAAUAGUGAAACCAGACAUGGCUCUUAUUCAUGUUUCUCCACCUGACGAACAGGGAUAUUGCUCCCUCGGAACUAGCGUUGAUAGUGUCCGCUCUGCCGUCGUUAAUGCCAAAGUUGUUGUAGCACAAGUUAAUAAACAUAUGCCAAGAACAUUUGGCGAUGCAGUGAUUCAUCAGAGUCAUAUCGAUGUUGCGAUAAAACAUGAUACACCACUUACACAGCAUAAAACUAGUGAACCAAGUAAAGAAGAGGUUCUAAUUGGAAAGCAUAUUGCGGAAAAUCUUGUUGUUAAUGGUGCCACAUUACAGUUGGGAAUUGGAAGUAUUCCCGAUGCUGUACUUAGUCAAUUAAAAAAUCACAAGGACUUGGGUAUUCAUAGUGAAAUGUUUGCUGAUGGCGUUGUUGAUCUUGUUAAUCGUGGUUGCAUCACGAAUAAUCAUAAAACCAUGCAUCAAGGACGCACCGUCGGUUCAUUUUGCGUUGGAACACAAAAAUUGUACGAUUACAUGCAUAAUAAUCCAACAAUUGAAAUGUUGCGAGUGGACUAUGUCAAUGAUCCAAGAAUAAUUUGUCAACAAUCGAAAAUGACGGCUAUUAAUUCCUGUAUAGAAGUCGAUAUUACAGGACAAAUUAGUUCCGAUAGUAUUGGAACAAGGAUGUAUUCAGGUUUUGGUGGACAAUUAGAUUUUAUUUUUGGCGCUGCCAUGGGUACAGAUGGAUGCGGAAAACCCAUCAUUGCACUACGUUCAACAACAAAUAAAGGCGCUAGCAAAAUUUCACCCGUUCUUCAAUUAGGCGCUGGCGUUGUUACGUCAAGAGCUCAUGUCCGAUAUGUGGUAACGGAACACGGUAUUGCUAGUCUUUUUGGAAAAACUUUACAACAGCGAGCUCACGCCCUUAUUCAAGUUGCUCAUCCAAAUCAUCGAGAAUCGCUCGAAAAAGCGGCUUUCGAACGACUGAAAAUGAUGCCAGAACCUUAAUUAAUUUAGCACUGCGAUAUAAUAUACUUGCCAAAAGAAAAUAAUAAAAAAAAAAAUUCACUCGCAUAGCAUUUAGCGCAUCAUUAUAAUUGUAAUUCGAUGUACAUACGCCUUAUUCAUUGUGCGUUUCUUCAACUAUAACUGAAAUGUUAAAUUUUUGACUAAUUUUGUUUUUUGUUUUUUUUAAAGACUUUCUUACGGAAACAAAUUUUAAAAAUAAUUAAUUUCAACUAAUUAAUAAAAAUUGAUUAAUAAAUAAUUAAAUUUAUCUAUAAUGAUUAAAUUAAUUAAUUGAAGUGGAAUUAAAUCAAAACAGCAUAAGAAAUCAAUCAAUCAAUGAAAAUCUAAUUUAAAAUUAUUAGAUUAAAUUCAUAGACAAAGUAAUAAAUAUUGUUAUUAUUAUUUAUUUUAUUAAAAAAUUAAUUUAUUUGGCAUUAAUGUGAAUGUAAAAUCUGCGAAGAAAACAUAUUUAAAGUCAUUCACCUGUGAUAAUAUCUCUGCCAAAAGUUAAUAAUUUUAAAUUGAAAUAAUUUUGUUUUUUCACAGAUUUUUUUUUUUUUUUACUAAAGAUUUUUGCCUGACUGAAAAACAAUUUACAACAAAACAUUAACUUCUUAGAAAAAAAGAUUGUACAAUUUUUUUUUAAAAUAAUUAUUAUAAUGAAUAUUUUUAUUUUUUUUAUUUACUUUUCUUUAUAGUUUUUAUUUUUUUCACUUGAAAAAAUCAAAUUUCACAAUCAUUUUUAAAAUGAAGAAGAAUUUGUUUUAAAAUUCUACACUUGACACUAUUGACUUUUAUAAAAAUGUCAAUUUUAAAUUUAUUUUUCAAAGAUAAAAUUUCAUAUAAAAAUCAAAAAAAAAAAAAAAAAUAAAAAGAAAAAAGAAAAAUACGCAAGAAAGUCUUUAAAGAUUUGGCAAAUUUUAUUUUCUUUUUUCCAGUGCUUUAAAUUAAUUUCCAAAUGUAUUAUAUUUUAUUACAAUAAUAAUAAUUCUAUUGUGGUAAUGUACAAAUUUUGUUUGAAAAACAAAAAAAAAAAAAAAAAAAAAAAAAAAAUGGCAAAGUCUUUAAAAGACCGAUGUACGACGAAAGACAAGACAAAUGAUAGCCAGAGAGAAUUCAGAGGAAAAAAAAGAAAGAAAAAUAA